AUGCCUUCAGUCCUUCUCACCCUCACACCACGGGACUCGCAACCAGAUUCAAAUACAGACUCAAGCGCAAGCACAUCCGCCACAGACUCGACCCGGACAUGGGUAAUACUAGCAGCCGUAGCUGCCCUCUUAACGCUUGGAGCCUGCACCGCAUUGGUUGUCAUUUCAUACUCAAAACGACGCCUCCUCAAGCAGCAACUCGAUGAGUCCCGCCGUCGAGACUCCGGCUUCGCCUGGGAAAAGCCCACCAAAAAGCGGAAGAUGACCGCGGAGGACCUAGAAAUGGAGGCCGAGUCCACACGGACAGCAAUGAUAAGGAAGUCACUGGCGAGCAGGUCGGGCCGGACAGCGUCGUUCGCCACCAUGAGCACAGCCGACAGGCCGGAGAGCAGCAUCGCGGGCGACUUGCCGAGGUACGACUGGAAGGACUUCGAGGCAGGCAUCUCACGGCAUAGCUCGGUGGCGAGUCUCCGGAGGUCUACGUCUUCACCCCUCCCCGAACUGCCUGCGGCAGCCGUCUCGCGCUCCUCGUCGCCGACCAGGAACCCACUGCUCGCCGGUCGCGCGGAGCUGCCCCCACCGCUGGAGCAGCACCCGUGCCUGAGGUCGUGA